AUAAGACUAUCCAUGGAUUGAUAUACAAUGCGCUCAAACUCUUUAUGGAAAUGAAUCAAAGAUUGUUUGAUGAAUGCGUUCAGAAUUACAAACAGGAAAGACAUUUCGAGAAAUCCAAACUGAAGACCAGAGACGAUGCGUGGAAUAAGAUCGAGGGUUUGGCACAAAGUAAUCCAUAUUUCUUAGACUUGAAACAAAAGGGAGACAUUAGUCUAGACUUAACCUACAAUUUGAAUCAUCAAAACCCGAACGAUAUGUUAUCGCCAAACGAUGACUACGAAGACAUCUCUUACGAGAAGUUUGAAACCGAAGCUAAAGAAGCGAAAAAGAUGAUAAAACGUGACAAACCAUUACUGCGGCGAAAGUCUGAACUCUUCUCUCCGGAUCCGCAGCUAUUAACUCAUAAAAGCCACGACCCAUACCUUGUGACACAAUCUGAAACCAAUAAUAGUAAUAUUAGUUGAGUUAGUAGUCAAACACACAUCGAAAUUGCAUCCACUCUUGUGUUAAUAAACUAUUAUAUUUAUCAUCACUUAUAAUGAAAUAACUUCUUUUGAUGUCAUCCUAUCAUUGAAUUGCGUAAUAAUUGGAG